AUGAUUACUUUAGGUGUGAUUGGAGCUCUUUUAACUAUUCUUGUAUUCACACGACAAAAGGCGUUUCAACGCAAUCCAACGACCAUCUAUCUCCUAGCUGGUGGAAUUAUGACAGCAAUACAUUUGCCCACGAUUUAUCUGCAAAGUAUUCUUGUCGAUGGUUUUGGCUUAGGAGUAUUCAACACGAAUGAAAUCGCGUGUCGCGAACAUAAUUAUUUACUUUACGUCACAACAGUACCGACAAUUUCAUUUCCAUGCUUUGCGGCAUUUGAUCAGUAUGCAAGCACACGUCGUGAAGCGAGUUUUCGAAAUCGAUGGCGAUCGUUACGAUUGGUUCGACUCUUGAUUGUCAGUUCAGUUGUUUUCUGGGCACUAGUCUACAUACCGAUCCUUUUCAUCAGUCACAGCGUUAAUAAUAUCUGUGUGAUGGAAUCGGGUGUAAUAGCAAAUAUCAAUGACUAUUUUUUGACACCAUUAGUUUACACAAUUAGUCCGUUAACCUUUAUUGUUGUGUUCACUUGGAAAACGGUGGAAAAUCUUCGUUCAACCUUCAUCACCAAGCAAUGCAGUAAAUUUACUAAACAAAUCCGUCGUAUGCUCACUCCUCAAUUGAUCGUUCUUGCGAUUUCGGGAAUUCCAUUUGGUUUACAAAGUGUUUAUUUCAAUCUCACAAAUGAUAUUCCCAAAGACAAUCAACGACAAGCAAUCGAACAUUUAUUCGUGCAAAUCAAUCGUUUAUUCUACCAUUGUAAUUUCGUUUGUCCGUUUUAUAUCUAUUUCUACAUGUCAAGCGAAGUUAGAAAAGUCGUCAAACAACUGAUGAGAAAGUUUUUCAAAUUCAAUUCUAUGACAACAUUACGAGCAAUGGAUGGCAACACUCGCACAUUCUAA